AUGGCGUCAAUAGUUCGCAAGUUUUGGGAGGUGGAAAGUUUCGAAAAUGGAAAGGCUUUUUCAUUAGAAGAGCAACAUUGUGAAGCUCAUUUUAUGAAGACACAUUGUAGAGCCCCUGACGGUCGGUACGUGGUUCGUUUGCCGAUUCGUGAAGAGAUGCUGACUUCAUUGGGAGAGUCGUUCACGGUUGCGAAACGAAGAUUUUUAAGCAUCGAGAGGAAACUCAUUUCCAACUCACAACUACAGUUAGAGUACUCAGCUUUCAUGAAAGAAUAUCAAAUGUUGGGACAUAUGAGUGAGGCCGUACCGGAUCACACAAACUCACACUUUUAUCUUCCUCAUCAUGCAGUCCAACGUCCAGAGAGUACAACGACCAAAACACGUGUCGUUUUCGAUGCCUCAUGUCGUGGGUCCAACAACAUAUCGUUGAAUGAUCUUUGCUACAUCGGACCAACUGUUCAACCGCCAUUGAUAUCCAUGUUGCUGAAUUUCCGUUUGCCGAAAUACGUAGUAACUGCUGACGUGGAAAAAAUGUAUCGCCAAGUCAUCGUUCAUGUUGCCGACCGUCCUCUGCAGCAAAUUGUUUGGCGGUACCAUCCAAGUGACGAUUUGAAAGUCUAUCAGUUAAAUACCGUAACAUACGGUACGGCCCCAGCCCCUUAUUUGGCCACUCGCGUUUUGAAUCAACUGGCGGAAGAUGAAGCUGAUAACUACCCACUAGCAUCACCAAGAGUGAAGAAGACAUUCUAUGUCGACGAUCAUUUAUCAGGAGACGAUGACAAGCAACGUUUAAUCGAGAUCAAUCAUCAACUCAUCGCUCUCCUCCAAUCGGGAGGAUUCAUUUUACGGAAAUAG